CACUACUAUAUAACAAAUAAUUUGAGCCAGUAGCCAUGCCUGUGAGCAAAAGAACCGCCUCCGCUAACAGGGAAAAGAAGAGGAAAAGCCAAGGUGCAACCAAAAAAGAAAUGGCCGCUCCAAAGGGAAAUGCUGUUCCCACUAUUCUCUUCAUCACAUUGGCUGCUGUGUCCGUGUUUGUUCUUGUAUCAGAAUUCGGUUAUCACAUUCCUCAUGUGACCCCACUUCUGAAGAGUCAUAACCUGGCACACCCUAUAAUUUCUCCUAUGCUGAAGGAAUAUGGCAUUGAUGAAAAAAUCCAAACAGGAUUCCAAGUGUUGAAAAACGCCUUAAAACGGGUUACCCCUGAAAAGUAUCAUAUCCACUUUGAGAAAGCUGCUCCUGCAGAAGAAGCUGCACCUGUCGAAGAAGAAGCUGCUCCCGUUGAAGAAGAAGCUCCUGUCGAAGAAGCAGCUCCUGUCGAAGAGGCAGCUCCUGUCGAAAAAGCAGCUCCUGUUGUAGAAGAGGCUGCUGCUGUCGAAGAGGAAGCACCUGUUGAAGAAGAGGCUGCUGCUGUCGAAGAGGCAGCUCCUGUCGAAGAAGCAGCUCCUGUUGUUGAAGAGGCUGCUGCUGUCGAAGAGGAAGCACCUGUUGUAGAAGAGGCUGCUGCUGUCGAAGAGGAAGCACCUGUCGAAGAAGAGGCUGCUCCUGUCGAAGAGGAAGCAUCUGUUGAAGAAGAGGCAGCUCCUGUUGUUGAAGAGGCUGCUGCUGUCGAAGAGGAAGCACCUGUUGUAGAAGAGGUAGCUCCUGUCGAAGAGGAAGCACCUGUUGUAGAAGAGGCUGCUGCUGUCGAAGAGGAAGCACCUGUUGUAGAAGAGGCAGCUCCUGUCGAAGAGGAAGCACCUGUUGAAGAAGAGGCAGCUCCUGUCGAAGAGGAAGCACCUGUUGAAGAAGAGGCAGCUCCUGUUGUAAAAGAGGCUGCUGCUGUCGAAGAGGAAGCACCUAUUGAAGAAGAGGCAGCUCCUGUCGAAGAGGAAGCACCUGUUGAAGAAGAGGCUGCUCCUGUCGAAGAGGAAGCACCUGUUGAAGAAGAGGCUGCACCUGUUGUAGAAGAGGCUGUUGCUGUCGAAGAGGAAGCACCUGUUGAAGAAGAGGCAGCUCCUGUUGAAGAAGAGGCUGCUCCUGUCGAAGAGGCUGCUCCUGUCGAAGAGGAAGCACAUGUUGAAGAAGAGGCUGCACCUGUUGUAGAAGAGGCUGUUGCUGUCGAAGAGGAAGCACCUGUUGAAGAAGAGGCAGCUCCUGUUGUAGAAGAGGCUGUUGCUGUCGAAGAGGAAGCACCUGUUGAAGAAGAGGCAGCUCCUGUCGAAGAGGAAGCACCUGUCGAAGAAGAGGCUGCUCCUGUCGAAGAAGCAGCUCCUGUUGAAGAAGAGGCUGAUCCUGUCGAAGAAGCUGCUCCUGUCGAAGAGGAAGUACAUGUCGAAGAAGAAGCUGCUCCUGUUGAAGAGGAAGCGCCUGUUGAAGAAGAGGCUGCACCUGUUGAAGAAGAAGCACCUGUCGAAGAAGAGGCAGCUCCUGUCGAAGAAGAAGCACCUGUCGAAGAAGAGGCUGCUCCUGUCGAAGAAGCAGCUCCUGUAGAAGAGGCAGCACCUGUUGAAGAAGAAGCAGCUCCUGUCGAAGAGGCAGCACCUGUUGAAGAAGCAGCACCUGUUGAAGAAGAGGAAGCACCUGUCGAAGAGGCAGCAACUGUCGAAGAAGCAGCACCUGUCGAAGAAGAAGCACCUGUUGAAGAAGACAAUGUUGAAAUUAAUGAUGAUGCCCAUAUAGAGGCAUCGAUAUUAUGGCUUAUAGGGAUGCCGAGCAAAAACAAAGAAGCCACGAAACAGCCCAAAGCAGCACCUACUCAAGAAAAUGGAACAUCAGGUGCAGUAAUUGGAGCUAUUUUACUAGUAUGUGCAGUUGGAGGCAUGGCACUAGCAACUUCACAAUUUGGCAUCAACAUACCCUAUGUAUCUCCCAUUUUCCAACAAUUUGGCAUCGUUGCUCCAGCCAAACCUGUACUUCAGGCUGAGAUACCUUCCGAAAGUGUUGUUGAUACUCCCUUGAGUGAACCCGAAACUGCUCAGGAAAAAGAGGAAGCUACUGAAGACCAAAGUGAACCAACAGUAGAAGCCCCUAUAGAAUCUGAAGAAGAGGAUCCUGCAAAAGUCGAGGAAGUGCCCUUUUCUGUUUCUGAAGAUGCAGCUGAAGAUGUUAAAGAAAACGAGAUGGAAGCUGAGGAGACUACUGAAACAGUUGAAGUAGCUGCUCCCAUAGAAGAAGAGACUGCUCCUGUUGAAGAGGCAGCUCCUGUUGAAGCAGCUCCCGUUGAAAAAGCAGCUCCCGUUGAAGAAGCAGCUCCUGUUGAAGAAGCAGCUCCUGUUGAAGAAGCAGCUCCUGUUGAAGCAGCUCCCGUCGAAGAAGCAGCUCCUGUUGAAGCAGCUCCUGUCGAACAAUCAGCUCCUGUCGAAGAAGCAGCUCCUGUUGAAGCAGCUCCUGUCGAAGAAGCAGCUCCCGUCAAAGAAGCAGCUCCUGUUGAAGCAGCUCACGUUGAAGAAGCAGCUCCCGUUGAAGAAUCAGCUCCUGUCGAAGAAGCAGCUCCUGUUGAAGCAGCUCCCGUCGAAGAAGCAGCUCCUGUUGAAUCAGCUCCUGUCGAAGAAGCAGCUCCUUUUGAAGCAGCUCCCGUUGAAGAAUCAGCUUCUGUCGAAGAAGCAGCUCCUGUUGAAGCAGCUCCUGUCGAAGAAGCAGCUCCUGUUGAAGCAGCUCCCAUUGAAGAAUCAGCUCCUGUCGAAGAAGCAGCUCCUGUUGAAGCAGCUCCCGUCGAAGAAGCAGCUCCUGUUGAAGCAGCUCCUGUCGAAGAAGCAGCUCCUGUUGAAGCAGCUCCCGUUGAAGAAGCAGCUCCCGUUGAAGAAUCAGCUCCUGUCGAAGAAGCAGCUCCCGUCGAAGAAGCAGCUCCUGUCGAAGAAGCAGUUCCUGUUGAAGCAGCUCCUGUCCAAGAAGCAGCUCCCGUUGAAGAAGCAGCUCCUGUCGAAGAAGCAGCUCCCGUCGAAGAAGCAGCUCCCGUCGAAGAAGCAGCUCCCGUCGAAGAAGCAGCUCCUGUCGAAGAAGCAGCUCCCGUCGAAGAAGCAGCUCCCGUCGAAGAAGCAGCUCCCGUCGAAGAAGCAGCUCCCGUCGAAGAAGCAGCUCCCGUCGAAGAAGCAGCUCCCGUCGAAGAAGCAGCUCCUGUCGAAGAAGCAGCUCCUGUUGAAGAAGCAGCUCCUGUCGAAGAAGCAGCUCCCGUCGAAGAAGCAGCUCCCGUUGAAGAAGCAGCUCCUGUCGAAGAAGCAGCUCCUGUCGAAGAAGCUGCUCCUGUCGAAGAGGUAGCUCCUAUCGAAGAAGCAGCUCCUGUUGAAGAGGUAGCUCCUGCAGCUGAGGAGGAAGUUACAGAAGAAGAAAUUCCAUCAUAUUUGACAGACAAAGAAAGAGAAAGAUGGUCUGACAUAAAAGCUAGUUUUGAACUCAUGAAGACAGAUGCUGGUGCAGCUAAGGAAAAGUUUGACCAAUUAAACAACGACCUCGGCAAACGAUCACAUAUUGCAAUGUACGGCAGCGCUUUAGCAUUAGAGAAAUUAAUAGAGGUUGAUCCUAAACAGGAGAGAAAUGCGAUACAAGCAUUCAGAACUGUGGUCAAUUUCGGGAAAAAGCUCCCCAAAGAAAUUUUAAAGCCUGCUCUUCAAAGUGUAGUAAGGCUGUUAAUAAAGUCAGGAAGAGUGAGAAUGGCAGUGUCUACACUAGAGAAGUAUCUACCACACCACGGUGAAGAUUUGGAACUCAACUUAUUGCUAGUGGAUACUCAUAUACAAAAUGACGAUCCUGAAAAAGCCCUGGAGAUUGCCGCCUCUCUUAAUCAAGAUUCAAUUUCUGUUAAGUUGCUACAAGCGCAAGCGUACAAGACACUCUGGGACAAGGACAGGAGUGGAGAAGUAGAACCUCUGAACAAAGCCGCAGAUAUCCUGUUAUCAGUGACUGAUAAGACUGUCGAGGUUGUCUCUAUGUUGGGGGACUGCUUACAGAAAGCUGGCCGACCAGAUGAGGCCAUGAAAAUAUACGAAGAUGCUGUAGCAGCGGGAUUACUGACCUCCGUGUUCCAACGUCCCAGUAGCAUGAACAGAGCCCUGAAGGGAAUCCCCGUGUGGACUGAUCUGGAACUGACAGCAGUGGAGCUGACUCCUGAGGAUAGGGAGGCGAUUGUACAGGCUGUUAUCUACAAAGGUUUAUUCGGUGAUAUGGAGGGUGGUAAUACUAGAGAGGGAGUCUGGGGCUAUUUCGGUUUAUCUGAGAAUGGUAAAUGGUUAAAAGAGGAGUGUAAAGCAGUACCUGAAAUAUGUAAGAAGUUAAAAGCUGCUGGUUAUGGAACAGUCGGAAAGACGUACGUGUCGCUGCUGUACCCAUCAUCAAGCACAUUCCCACACAACGCUGCCACUAACGAACUCUUACACCUUAUAAUUCCUGCUAGCGGGAUUAUGAACUUAAGGAUCGCAGAUAAAAACUUAGUGCUAACUGACGAUCCAGUCGUAAUAGAUCCAUCAUUUGACAAAGAAUUCUCCAACGACGGGUCAGACGCGGCUGUUGUUAUAGUAACAUCAGUUCCGCAUCCAGAUUUAUAAAUUAGUUGAGCAGCUACGGGAUAAUACUACUGUUAAGUGUUAAUUGAGUUGUGUUUUAGGCCUGCUGUAUAUUCUUUAUCCAUUAACCAUUUCAUAUACAAUUUUGACUGGGAUCUAUUAUAUUAAUUAUUAUCAUCACGAGCAUCCCUAAAUUUAAUUGUUUAAAGCUAUUUGUAAACUAGUAAAAUCUUUAUCGAAUUAUUAAGUUUUAUACCGUAAGUUUAUACUGUUAUACGUUCUAUGAUUUUAUACUGUUUCCAAAAAAUGUGUAUCAUAGGGAAUUUUCUUUUAUUUUGUAUUUAACAAUUUUAUAUUCUUUUUAUAUAUUACAUGUUAUAAAGGAUUUAUAUUUUGAUAUUACUUAUUCUUGGUCGCAGAAUGGUUUUUAUAACA